AUGCAGAGCUUGGCGAACAGCCUGGCUAUGGACACCCUCAGCUCCGUCCGCAACAAGCCUCGGGUAGACACAAGCAGCCUCGAGGGAGCUCUAGACGAACUUUCGCUACCAGACGAGGCCGUCGAUGGCGAACCGUACCACUUUCAUGUCUACAGUCACAGACACAACACACAUGUUACUUUUACCAAGCCUAACCGCGAUGCCAUCGUGUCUCUUUCCUGUGGAAAUCUCGGGUUCAAAAAGGGUCAGAGGAAGAAUUACGACUCCGCGUAUCAAUUGGCGGCGUAUGUGAUAGAUCGGCUGCAGCAGCAGGGCUGGCACAAGAAGGUUGAGACGUUGGAGGUGGUUCUCAGAGGGUUUGGUCCAGGCAGAGAGGCCGUCACCAAGGUUCUGAUGGGCACCGAAGGAAAGCUUUGGCGGCCAAAGAUCGUGCGAGUCACGGAUUCAACAAGAGUCAAGUUUGGUGGAACGAGAAGCAAGAAGCCUAGACGUCUAGGUUAA